AUGAGUGAGAGAGAGGGAAACAAUGAAGACUUGCGUGAGAAACUAGUACCUCAACUCAAGGGUAAACUUUGGUACUGUCUGGAACAACAGGUCAAAAACGAACUUCCUGCUGGCGUGAACUAUUCGCCCAAAUUUAUCAAUGCACUAGUAGAACUGACAUUCACGCAAUUGGUGGAAAUUGGUGGGGAUUUAGAGGCUUUCGCGAGACAUGCAGGACGGGAAACGAUUGUGGUAGACGAUAUGAUGCUAAUGCUGCGAAAAUCACCAGAAUUGCAGUCUCUGCUGCUACAGAAACUGGAAAAAGAUGCGUCCGGAGGGCCUGUAGCGGCAGCAAGAGCAAGCAAACGGUAG